AACUGGCUGUGUUGCUCUCCUCCGAUCUUACGUCGCAGCUUACUCCGUACUCUCCUUUAUCUAACUUACUAUUCUCCUCCUCCUCCUCCUCCGAUAUUACGUGAAUAUACAUGACAACUCUCCACUUCCAUCUGUCUCUCCCUCUCCACCGCCACAUUCCAAUCCGUCCCAACCCAAAAGAAAACCUUAUCGCCUGGCCCUGCUUCACACCCCACUCCACUCACUCCCAGAGCUCUCGUCUCGUCCCUCCUCAUCCUCUUUUUUUUUUCUUUUUUUUUUCUUUUUUUUUAUAACUAACUGAAACCUUGCUUUUCUUCUUCUCCGACCUUCCCUGUUCUACAGCUUGAAGAAGAAAGUCUUGGUUUUUUUUAUUUUUAUUUUAUUUUUAUUUUUCAUCUUUUUUAUCCUUUUUAUUUUUUUUCUCGUUCCAUCAUCAGAUCUGGCCCUCAAUCCGCCUCAUCUCUCUCCAACCUCUCCCGUCCGAUUUCGUCAUUCUAGCCCGUCCAGAAAUAGCUACGUCCAUACCAUACCCAUUCGCCAGCAGGGAGAGCAUGCGCAGCAGCCUUUUCCCCCCAACAGCUCUCUUCUCGUUACCUUGUCGUCCCCAGCGCAUCGCGAUCAUCCCCAUCCCAAUAGCCGCCGCCAUCAUUACCACUAUUUCUUCUACUCCUACCGCCAUCUAACUCGCUCGCACUUCAAGCAAGCAACCCCUCGAUACAGCUUGCACUCAACUCAACAAUCUUAAAUACCUCCUCCCGACCUCGAUCCAUUUUCCUCCUCCUACUCCUCGAUUGUCCGGACAAUCUGUUUGUCGUCCUUUGAUCUGGAGUCGGGCUGUGUGCAAACGGCGACAAGAAAAAAAAAAAGGGAAAAAGCGGGAUAACAAAGAAACCUACGUAACUCCCAUAGCUAUCACCCGCUGCUUGACCGUUAUCGAGUUAGGACCAUGCCACCGCGAGCUUCUCUGACCAGCUCCUUUUCCGUCUCGGAUACCAACAAUGAAGUCGUUUGUCCCCUGACCAACAAUGACGGCUCCAAUUGUCGCAAACGAUGUCUGGGCGAGAAACGAUACCGCUCCAUGCAGGAGCAUAUCCGCCGCGCCCAUCCCAGCCACUACAUCCCUAAGCUUCCGGCGACCGAAGAGAGCUUUCAGCUGAUGGUUAAUACCCCUCCGGAGCUGAGGCCGCAUAUCCCUGCUCCCAAUACCUCCCAUCCGCGGCGGGGUCCUGGCGAUCCCGGCGAUAGAGAUAUUUUUGGCGGGGCCGAUCGAAGCUCUCCCUUGACCCCUCGUACCCUCGAUGAAGCUCACCCUGCAGCUGCCACAGCUGCCGUCGCAUUGGCACAGCUUCACCAUCAUCGAUUGACUUCCGAUUGGGAUUCUGAACCGGACAUCCAUUCCGACGUCGACAUGAGGCGAGAACGAAUGCGCUCCUCAAUCGAGCUUCCCCCACUCCGCGACCAUUUCAAACAGGAAUCCAUACCAUCAUUCCAGUCCUCCCGCCCGAGAGAACUACUACCGUCCAUUCUCUCACAUUCCCCACCGGGCCGAUCAUCAACACUCCCUCCAAUUCAGCGACGCGAGAGAUUACAGCGCCCGCGCAAGGGUUCGUUGACGCAAUCUGCGCGCAGGGGCAAACACGAACGAAAUAGAUCCAAGGAGUAUGGGCGCAGGCCGAGCCUGAAUGAUCGCAAGGCGUUGUCGGCUGAGCCGCAAACAGCUGCGUGGGCGCAGGGGAAGAGAUGGGAGGAUCUGAUUGAAGCUGCAACUUCGGCGACGGAGGUUGAUGAUCGCGAUUUGACUCCGGUCCCUAAAUCACCACCGUACCACUCCUUCAACAGCGUAACCUCCGCCCCCUCAGCAACGAAACAUCGCUCCUCCCUCCCGCCGGCAUUCCAAUCGACACCAGGCCUACCCACUCCACAACCACACUACCGCCAAUUCCCACCACCACUCUCCUACACCGCCUCCCCGCUCCAAAAGGCCCUCACACCUCCCCCCUACGAACCCCACGGCAGCCUGGACAACGACCUGGAACCGUUCCCCUCCAUCGAAUCCUCCCUCGACUCCAACUCCUCAGUCAUCUCCGGCAAAAACUUCCACAUGUCCUCCGCCGGCCUCCCCACCUCCGCAACCUCAGACUCAAGCCCCGUCCAGCCUCCACGCCCCUUACCAGCAACAAGCAGCCCCUACCCGCCCUUCUCCCACCCGCAACAGCUGCAGAACCACCAUAACCAACACCACCCUCACCCUCACCACCCUCACCACCACCACCUCAACCACCGCCUCUCAAACCCAACACCCAUGUCCACCACCACCGGCAUCAGCACCAGCACCAGCAAAGAUAUACAUAUCUACUGCGCCUGCUGCUCCCGCCCCUGGCCCGUCCGCGACUGCUUCGCAUGCACGAAUUGUAUCUGCGGCGUGUGUCGCGAGUGCGUCAGUGUUGUCAUGGCGAGCUUGCAGACAACAAGCGGGGGGCAGGCGGCGUCGAUUUUUAAUCCGACCACUGGUGCUGGUGCUGGUGCUGGCGGUGAUGAUAAUAGUAGUAGUAAUGGUGGUGGGGGGGAUGCUGGGAAUGGUAACGGGAAUGGGAAUGGGAAUGGGAAUGGGAAUACGAAUAAUUUUGGUGGGAGUGGGCGAGCAGCAGGUUUAGCGAGUCGGAGGGGAUGUCCGCAUUGUGGGACGGUGAGUGGGCAGUGGAAGCCUAUCCAGUUGGAUUUUCGGUGAUGGGAACUGGAAGAGAAUAAAAAGAAAUAAUGAAAUGAAAAGAAAUGAAAAGAAAUGAAAAGAAAAGAAAAGAAAAGAAAAAAAGAAACAAGAAACAAGAAAAGAAAAAACAAAAACCAAAAAAAUGAUUUAAGUAUUGGUAUUUUUUUCAUUGGGUUGUUGUUAUUGAUUACUAUUUUCCGCUGUUUACCUCACCUUCCCCGAUUCUCUUCCUCACCCCGACCCCCGCGCUCUUGGGGAUCGAUUUCCAUUUUUCUCGCAAUUGACGAUGAUGAUGACGACGGCGAUGACAAUGAUGACGACGAUUAUUGAAAGAUGAAGAUGAAAGGAUGAAAGAUUCACAGAUGAUGAAAUGUCUUUUUUAUGCACCUCUCGUUCCCUCCCUGACCUUAUUUAUCCAUCCCUCUACCUACCUAUAUAUAUUUACCUGUAUAUACUUGCUCCAUUUUCCCAUUUUCCCAUUUCCCAUUUCCCAUUUCCCAUUUCCCAUUUCCCAUUCCCAUUCCCCCCCCCCCCUUUGUUCCCCCGCUUCUUAUUCUACCCAAACCCAGUCCAGCACCUCUUAGUCCCCUGAUCCUCCAACCCCUGCUUGGUGCAUCGCAUCGGUUUGAACCAGUUACAUACAUACAUACAUAGCAUACCUACCCCAACCAUCACACCCGCAAACACCCUUUUUUAUCUCAGUUUUUUGAUUCAGUUUUCCCACGAUGCACCCAGCCCAGCUGCCUGCUUUGUAAGAACAGGCAGAAGAAUAGCUUUUUUUCAUAUCUUCCUUCUCCCCCUCCCCCUUCCCACGCAUUUCGGGAUCCCGAGUAACUCUACUGUACUACUGUACUGUGCUGUGGUUUUUCGCUGGUUUUGGCAGCCCCCUACUGUUGGUUUUAUCAUUCUUUGCUUUCUCUCGUACAUAUAUAUAUAUAUAUAUAUCCUAUCUAUUAUCAUAUAAAUAUCCCAUGUAUAUACCUCUUUUUGUGGUCUUUUUUUUUCAAUAAGCCUUUUUUUGUGCUGGUUCUGUUUCAUCUAUCUGGUUAACUCUCUUUUUUCCGAUCCGGUCCGGUCUGGUCUGGUUUGGUGGUUGUUUGCGUGUUGAUGAUGAUGACGGGUGAAUUGGAACGGAUGGAAUAUGCUGGCUUCUCCUUCUUCUUCUUCUUGUUUCUAUUUAUAUUUUGGUAUUUAUAUUAGUAUUCAUGGUUAUUCCCUUUUCUAUUUUCUUGUACUGAAACCCGGAUUAAGUUACCUCCAUCUAAUUCUAUUCUAUACCUCCAUCGCCAUUUCGUUGAGCGUGUGUAAAAAAAAAAAAAACGUUAAAAUUGAAGUGAAGAAGUUUUUUCCCCUUUCUGUCUUUUCUUUACUAUAUAUAGCCUCUGUCUGCCGUUCUUCGUCAUCUCAUUCAGUUCAGUACAUGUAUGUACAUACAUUUUUUUUCAUCUGUCUACUAUUUAUAUUUAGCAUUAAGGGAUGGUUUUCUUUACUCGUUUUUUUUUCUAUUAAUCUGCAACGUUAUUUAAUUUUUGGUUUAUUUUUUAUUUUUUAUUUUUAAUGUUGUGAAGGGCGGAGCUGGUGGAUGGGGAGGAGGAUGGGGGCAAAAGAGGGUUUGAGAGGCUGUGGGCUGUUGAGUUGCAGUUGUUGGGAUGGAUGCGGCGCGCCGGUGCUGAAGAGGGGGGAGGAGAUUGAAGCUUUUCUGGUGUUUACUUAACCACUCACUAUACUUCCAUAUUCCGUAUAUAAUUGAUAGUUCACUAAAACUGCCCUUGCCCCCUUUUUCCCCCUACUUUUCUUUGAGUGUUACUGAAUUUUUUACACGUAUAUACAUAUAUAUAUAUAUAU